UAAUUGGUUCGCCUCACUUGCUUUUGCCAUUACUAUCUGCUAAACAUAAACAAUCGACUGAAAUAUAUCUGCUGCGUACACACACACAUCGAGAGAGAUUGAGGAAAAGUCGUAAGGUGCUUUUAAAAAGAGAAAAAGCAAACAAGUUAAAAUCGAAAAUUCGCAACUGUUCAUUGCGAUAAUGGACACAGUGGAUGAGGAGUGUCUGCCAGAAGCGGCAACAGCCUGCAAGCGACUCAAGCGCACCAACUCCAAAGAAAUGGGUUCCGGCGGCGAAUCAGCAGCUGCUGAAGCCAAAACCAAAUCCAAAUCGAAUGGGGAAUCAAUUUUAGUUGGCAAGGAGGCAAAUGCUGCCAUAAAUAGCCUCAACAACAACAACAGCAACAGCAACAAAAAUUGCAACAAAGAAGAAUUGGAAAUUAAAAACGCAGCUGACGAAAAAGUCGAGGUGGAGGAAAUUGAAUCUCCUCCUGCAAUGCACCCAUUGGCAGUUGCUGUUGAUGAUGAUCAGCCAUCGACUAGCAAUGCCAUCAAUGAUGAGGAAUCCAGCUCGAACCCCUUUCUCGAUAUUUCACCAGUGGCAACUGCUUUAUUAAGCGCCGAAGAUAAUGUGGAUGAUGGGAUUGGUGAGCUGGCUGGAAAUGCUGAUGUAGGUCUUGAUGUGGAUGCCAAUUUUCGUAUAUUUAAUACGCCUCGCACUCGCUCCUAUCGUAACACAUUGCUUAGCCUCUUCUCGAGCAGCAGCAGCAACGAUGCCAGCGAGCAUCAAUCGGAAGGCAACAGUGAUGCCAAUAAUACCACCAUCGAAGAUGAUGACGAUGUGGAUGAUGACGAUGUGGAUGAUGACGAAGUGGAGUUUUUUGCUCCGGAGAACGAGGAGCCGGAUGAGCAGGAUGCAUCGCGUUCGCCGGCAGCUCGCUCGGAUGGCAGCAGCUCCCAUUCCAGUAAUGUGGCUUGGAAUCGCGACUAUUUCUCGAGCAAUGCGGAAACCGAAUCCGACUUCUACAAUGAGACGGAGGCAAAUCCGCAAGAUGAUAAAAUACUGAAGGAUUCGGUGAAUAAUGUGUUGAACAAAUCCAAACCGUCCUACAACUGGAACUUUGUCCAGGAGCUGAUGCAACGGGAACAGAAUGUAUUCAAUAGGAUUGGAUGGCGUGGCGGACACACCUCAGCACUGAGCUUCGGCCAGGGUUAUUAUGCAUCCCGACAGGUCGUGGAGCGCAUGAAGCUGAUGAUCUCGUUGAGCCGCCAUCGUUGCUGUGUCAACUGUUUGAGUUUCAAUCGUUGCGGCGAUUUGAUUUGCUCCGGCUCAGAUGAUCUGCGGAUCAUUGUGUGGGACUGGGCGAAUGGCAAGCCGAGGCACAGCUUUAAAUCUGGCCAUAAUCUCAAUAUAUUCCAAACGAAAUUCAUCGAUAGCGCCGGCUGUCUGGACGUGAUCUCCUCUAGUCGUGACGGUCAGGUGCGACGUGCCGUCAUUCCACCCUCAGGCAGCAGCAGCAUUAAACCCACCCAUUUGUAUAGUCAUCGGGAGGCGGUGCACAAGCUGGUCGUGGUGCCACACAGCCGCCACGAGGUGAUCAGCGCUGGCGAGGAUGCGGCAGUCAAGCACUUCGAUCUGCGCUCCAAUCAGUGUACAACAAUGCUGCGCUGCGUCUCCAGCGUGGCCAAUCGCCGUGUCCGCCUCUUCAGCAUCGCCCAUCAUCCGUUUGCGCCGGAGUUCUGCGUCAGUGGCUCCGACGACAAACUGCGCGUCUACGACAAACGCAAGCCCAACCAGCCAGUGCACCAAAUGUCGCCAAAAGACGCCAAGGUCUCACAGAUCACCUGUGCGGUUUACAAUUACAGCGGCAGCGAGAUUCUCGCCUCGUACAGCGAUGCUGCAAUUUAUCUCUAUGACAGCCGCAACUAUAAGGAUGGCGAAUUUCUCCACUCCUACGAGGGACACAUCAAUAGCCGCACCAUCAAGGGUGUCAACUUCUUUGGUCCGCACUCGGAGUACAUUGUGAGCGGCAGUGAUGAUGGCAACAUAUUCUUCUGGGAUAAGAACACCGAGGCUGUGAUGAAUUUCAUGAAGGGCGAUCAUUCCGGCGUUGUCAACUGCCUCGAACAGCAUCCAACGAUGCCAGUGCUGGCCACCUCUGGCCUCGAUCAUAACGUCAAGAUAUGGACGCCGAGCAGCAAGCCAGAAACCGAGGUGCCCUGCUCGGAUGCGUUGGAGAAGACGUUGCAGCGUAAUUUUAGACGCAACAUUUUGAUGGAUGGCGGCGACUUUGAUAUUAAUCAAAUACAUUAUUUCAUACGUCAGUUGAUUGAGCCACGACGCGGUGCCGCCGCUCCACGGGAGCGUCUCAGCAGUAGCAGCAGCAUCAGCACCAGUAGCAACAGCACCAGUAGCAUCAGUAGCAGCACCACCACCAGUGGCAACAACAGCAUCAAUCCUAAUCCGGGUCCAGCUGCUGCUUCCAACCAUGAUCAGCAACAGCGGCAGCGUCGUCGUCGUGCGAGCAGCUCCGAUGAUGGCAAUGCCGAUCCUAUUGGCUGUCGCUCCCAAUAAGAAGAAUUAUAUCCAUGCAACCAUAUUGAUCCAAAGUCAAAUUUACACACAUACAUUGAGAUAUAUAUUUUAGUCUUCAUUUUUAUUUUUAUUUUUUGUAGUUUGCGAGCUCCUCCCUACAACUAAACUUUGAUUAAUUAGAAAGCGUUUCAAAUGCUGUGAAAAAAAUAAUUUAAAAUUUAAGCGAGCUCAUAUUCUAAUUUGAACAAUAUUUAAUAAAACAUUGAAGAACGGCA